UCGUCAACAUAAAUGGGCGACAUUUUAACGGACCCUCCAGAUUAGGGAACACCAAAUAAUAAAAGGUAUUAGUUCACAGUCUGCAUUUCAUCUCGUCAGUUAAAUAUCGGUUAUAUAUUUGAAAAGAGUAUUAACAUGGCUAUUUGCAAAUUGUUAAUAAAUCUUGGACUAUUAUUUAUUACUACAGCGAUUUCUGUUGACAAAGAUUCAAACAACGAUUCCGCGAUUAAUUACCGUUUACCAGAUCACGUAGUUCCGAUACAUUACAAUAUUAAGCUAAUACCGUACAUUGUGAAAGAUAAUUUUACUUUUGACGGAGAAUCCAAUAUCAACAUUACAAUUCGACAUGUAACGCAAAAUUUGCAUUUACAUGUAUUGGAAUUGACAAUAAACGAAGCGAUGACAUCAUUGUUUAGUAACAAUGGUAUUAUCCAUACACCGGCAAUGCAUAAUUAUAAUAAUAUAACACAAAUCUUAGUUCUUCACUUUAAUGAUAAACUGUUACCUGGAAAUUAUACAUUGAAGAUGCGAUAUGUUGGUAUUCUACAUAACGACUUUUAUUUCAAGAAAGGCUUUUUUGUAACAUCUUAUAUCAAUGACAAAGGAGAUGAUGUGUGGUUGGCUGCAACGCAUUUCGAACGGACUUAUGCGCGACGAGCGUUUCCAUGUUGGGACGAGCCAGCAUUAAAAGCUACUUUCGAUAUCUCUAUAAAACACCAUCGAAAUUAUACAGUUCUAUCCAAUAUGCCAAUACGGGAAAAAUCGGAGGAUAAUAAAAAUGGCAUGAUAUGGACGCACUUUGACACGACUCCCAUCAUGUCUACCUAUCUCGUAGCAUUUGUAGUGGUCGAUUACGUUCGUGUUCCUACUGAAGAUGAGACCAUUAAUAUAUGGUGUAGAUCGGAAUUGGUGCCGCACACAAAAUUUGUACAAGAAGUUGUUCAAAAAUCUAAAAAGUUAUUGACAGAAUAUACCAACAGCACCUCUAAAGUUCCAAAAAUGGAUCUCGUAGCACUCCCGCAACUUACAAUUGGAGUCGAUGCUAUGGAAAAUUGGGGACUUAUUAUUUUUGUUGAAACAAGUCUUGCAUACAAUGAAAGUUUCGAUACAAUAUUUACUAAACUAAAUGUAGCGAGGACAACAGUACAUGAAAUGGCACAUCAAUGGUUUAGUAAUGUAGUCACUCCAUCAUGGUGGUCUCAUUUAUGGUUAAGUGAGGGUUUGGCGACGUUCUUCGAAAAAUAUAUUCUCAAUCAGAUUUUCAAGGAGUGGCGAAUAAUGGAAUACUUUGUUGUUAAUAUUCAGCAAAUAAUUCUUCGCGGUGAAUUAAUAAGAGUCCAAUUACAUCAGUAAUCAAUAGACCCAAUAAAAUUAAAAUCAGACUUCCAUUCCAUGAGUUAUUACAAGUCACCCUCUAUACUGCGCAUGUUACAACAUAUACUUACCGAUGA